CUUGCCGGAGAAGUAGUUGUGGUGGAUGAACUGACCCUGAUCAGAGAGGGGCCGGUCAGAGUCAAACUCAAUGGAAGAGACAUCUCUAAACUGAGAGGCUUUGUGGAGAUAUUUAUCAACAAAGUGGGGUAUGAAAUCAGGUUUGUCCUAGAGGAAUAGGGUGGGAGUACCCAACAGCCAAAAAACAACCCCCCCAAAAAACCAGAUGAUGAGUCUGAUGAGGAUGAGGAAGAGCACCCCCGCGAUACAGAACUUGAAUGGCAGAGAAUGAAGCGCCUAUUUGAAGAGAAUGAGAAAAACAAAAACUCCAAGAACCAAUCCUCAAAGGGAAGGGCUGAUGGGAAGAGCCAGUCUUCUGCCCCUGCUGAAGCUCUACCAGAUAACAAGCAGUCAAAAAGGGAGGUGUUGGAUAUAGUCCCAGUCCAUAUUCCAGAACAUGUUGAGGAAUUGAUUCAGGUAAGUCAAGGGCUGGAGGGGUGCUCCAUUCACAGGAUUCUGAACUGGAAGGUGAAGAAAAGGUUGGUCCUCCACAAUAGUCUGUUACAAGAAUGCUAGUUGCAGGUUCAGGCGAGAUUAGCCUGGAGAGACGGGCGUUCCAGCAACAUGGUGAGAAAGAAGGGGUGAUGGGGGCACAAAGUGAGUUCCAGGAGGGGAUGGGCACCGAGAUAACACAACACCAAAUUCCCAAAGUGCUGGUUCACACAAAGGAUGGUGUGAUCCUGAUGCAGGAAGAUCUUUGGCCAAAGAUGGCUACGCCAAAAGCAAGUACCAACCAGGAGGUCCUCCAAGAGGAGUUUGUACCUUCUCAGGAAAUUGGCAGAGGGGAUGAGAUGGAGGAUUGCGAGGAUGAAACUGGGGAAGGAAACUGGUCUGUGUGCCAUCAUGAUAAGAAGAAUAGGAAGAAGAAAGCAAGAGGUCUAGUUGUGGCGAUGAGGAAGAGUUCAAGGGUGGGUGCACUUUCAACUGCGGGAGGAGCCUUUUCUGCAUUAGGGGGCCUUGCUACAGAGAUGGUCGGCACUGCUCCAAGAAACUGAACAGGGGAAGCUGCGAUCUCUACGAAUGAACAUGAAGUCCUGGAUGAAGAAGCUAGAGGAAGGCCGAGUUCCGUUCACAGAAGAACCUUGGCAGUUGUAGCGGCUGUCUGUUCCAGGCUGCGUCCUGGCGUUUUCUUUGCCUCCUGGAAGGCUUUCCUUUUGUCUUGUUACUCUAACGCUAGUUGGUAACCCCAACACUCGUUGUACUCGGAUCUUUAUUCAGGGCGCGUUUAGAUCCCCAUCCAAAAAUUUUUGGAUGUCAAAUCAGCACUUUGACCGGAUGUCGGGAAGACUUUUCGGACACUAAUUAAA